AUGACACAGGAAACGCUUCGUAUCGCCGUACAGGGAUGUGCGCACGGGCAGUUGGAUCGCAUCUACGAUGCAGUGGCCAAUAUGCCAGAGCAGCCGGACCUGCUGUUGGUGCUCGGGGAUUUCCAGUCUCUGCGGACAACGGCGGACUAUCCUAGUAUAAGCGUUCCCCGCAAGUACGCAAGUCUCGGCGACUUCCCCAGCUACUUUUCCGGGGAGCGCACUGCGCCUGUGCUGACGGUGUUCAUUGGCGGGAACCACGAAAACUUCGCACAGCUGCUGGACCUGCCGCACGGCGGCUGGGUAGCGCGGAACAUAUACUACAUGGGGUACAGCAAUGUAUUCUGGUUCCGGGGCGUGCGGAUCGGCGGCCUCAGCGGAAUUUACAAGCACUGGGACCUGGUUGCUGCGAGACCACCAACGGCGGCUGCGGCGGCGGCGUCGUGGGGGUCUGUGGUGCGGUCAUUGUACCACGUGCGCAUGGCGGAUGCUCUGCCGCUGCUUUUGCUGGACCCUGCGCGGCGCCUGGACGUGAUGAUGAGCCAUGACUGGCCGCGCGGCAUUGAACAGUAUGGGAAUUGCGCCCAGCUGCUGCGCUGGAAACCGCACUUUCGCUCCGACGUCUCUGCGGGGCGCCUGGGGUCGCCAUUGAGCUGGGAGAUGUUGCGGCGGCUGCGGCCACGCCGAUGGCUCAGCGCGCACCUGCACGUGAAAUUCGAGGCUGCGGUCGAUCAUGAUAAGUUAGACCAGAAGGACUCCGACGAGAUUGCAUUGGACCUGGAUGACGCCCCUGCACCGCCGCCCGUCAAGACCGAGUUUCUUGCGCUCGAUAAGUGCAAGGCAGGUCGCAAUACCCACCUGGCCAUGCUCUGUGUCACAGCAGAUCCCGGCCACCCCUCCGCUGCCGAUCCUGAACACCUCUUUUGGGACCCGGAGUUCAUCAGCAACGUGCGUUUUGUGCAAUGCGACCCACAGGGCCUGGCGGCAACCCGCAGACAUUUUUCUCCGACAGACGUGCAGCACCUCUUCGCGGAGCGCGCCCCACUGCGGCAGGAACCAGACACGGACUGGAGCGGCUAUCGCAUCCCCCCCUUCGAGCCUGAAAUGCUAACGGAAACCAAAAUCCAAACAGAGCACUUUCGCGCGGCGUUUCUAGGACCGCCUAGCGUUACGUAG